UUAUAACGAUAAAAAUUAAAAGUUUAAAGAGAUUUUGCACGCUACUGGUCAGGCAGGAAGCUGUUGGUGUGGUUUCUUCUGCGGAACAACAGAGGGGAAGCUGUUUUGCCUUUUUUUUAAGUUCAUUUGUUCUGCGUAGUCUCUCAGACCAAACAAGAUUCAGCCACUGAAAGAAAACGAGUCGAGGAAGUCAGGACUAAAGGAAUCCAGCGUCAGUAUUGCCUGAAGCUCUUGAUUAAGGAAGAAAACAUUCACCAUUCUUAACCAGGGUCUCAGAAGAGAAAAAGUUCAGGAGUAAAAGCGGUCAUGCUGCUAGUGUGAGCUGUCUGGGGGUUUAAUGUUCCCUCAUGAUGGCAGUGUUUGCAGAUGUGAAGCCAAGAACUGGAGAAGGUUCAUGUGAAGGAAGGCUAUCUUGGCCAGUUUUCCUGCUGACACUAGCUGCUGUCACCUCUUCUUCUCUGUCGGCUCUCUCCUUGUACCAGUUAGUGGCUCUCAGAGCUGAAGUGGAGGGGCUCAAAACUGAUAUUAGCCGCAGGAGAGAAGAGGGGCAUAAGGUCAGCCACAGAAGUCAGACUGAAAACAUCAGUGGAAAAGAAAACAUUCAAGAGCGUCUGGAUCCACCAGAGUCUCAAUAUGCUUUCAGUCAAAUAAGAAGAAAAAGAACAAUACCGCAAUUAGAGAUGUCAGGUUCUCAGUCCUGCCUGCAGCUUUUGGCAAACAACAGCCGAAAACCUUUCGGAAAAGAACUUCCUUCAGGCCCGUACACAGGUAUCCCCUGGCAAGCUGGGCUGAGGAGAGGCACAGCCCUGGAGGCAGAUGGUGACCGCAUCAUAGUCAAGGAGGCGGGUUUCUACUUUGUCUACAGUCAGGUCUACUACAUGGACAGCACCUUUACAAUGGGUCAUGUGGUGAUCAGGUGGAAGAAGGACGUUGUGGGAAAUGAAGAUCAGGAUGUGCAUUUGUUCCGCUGCAUCCAAAGCAUGAACCCUGAUUACUCUUUCAACACCUGCUACACGGGAGGUGUUGUAAAGCUGGAGAGGGGAGACUACUUGGAGCUUCUGAUCCCCCGGGCUAUGGCCAGCAUUUCCCUGGAAGGAGACUCUACCUUUCUGGGUGCUUUAAAGCUCACUUAAAGUAUGACAUUUGGUACUGGAGCAACUGAACAAUGAUGCUAGAAAUAGGUGUCAUGAAGUUGGAGGAUAGGCAGCAGUGCAGCAAAGCAGUUAUGGUAACUUCCUGUUGAAUAAGAUAAUACAGCAAGCAGCCACUUCUUUAUUGGCUGAUGGAUCUCUAAUAUAAAACAGAAAAUGUGUAGAGGCUUUUAAGUUCAUUAAGUAUUGAGGCUUCGCAAUGUUCAUUUAUAUCACUGUUAAAGUCAAAACAUUCUGAAUUAAUGUGUUUUCUUCAUAUAAUCUUACGUUUAGCAAGCACAACUUGUAAGACUUAUUUUUCAACUCACUUUUAAGGCAGUAAAAUUCAUAUUAUUAUUUGAAAUUUUAGGCUACAUUACUGUGUCAUAAGAUGUCUUCUGUUUUAUUUUUUAAAUGCGGAUUUAUCUUUGCGAUGGCCUCAUUAAAACAGAUCUUUAUAUAUUUAAAUGAUGUACAAAGUGUGAUGUAAUAAAAUGCAAAUAUGUGCAAAUGGU